AUGGACAUCUCCAAGAAAAGCAACAUGAAUUUCUUUUACUCUCUUCUUCCCUGUUAUCCAGUCUUUCUUUUUUUGCUCACCUCCCUCAUUAUCCAGUCUUUCUAUUUCUCUCUUCUUUACCCAUUAUCCAGUCUUUCUUUUUUCUCUCUUCUUUACCCAUUAUCCAGUCUUUCUUUUUUCUCUUUUCUUCCCCAUUAUCCAGUCUUUUUUCUCUCUUUUUCCCCAUUAUCCAGUCUUUCUUUUUACUCUCUUCUUCCCCAUUAUCCAGUCUUUCUUUUUUCUCUCUUUUUCCCCAUUAUCCAGUCUUUCUUUUUUUCUCUCUUUUUCCCCAUUAUCCAGUCUUUCUUUUUUUCCCUCUUUUUCCCCAUUAUCCAGUCUUUCUUUUUACUCUCUUUUCCCCAUUAUCCAGUCUUUCUUUUUUUCUCUCUUCUUCCCCAUUAUCCAGUCUUUCUUUUUUAUCUCUUUUUCCCCAUUAUCCAGUCUUUCUUUUUACUCUCUUCUUUACCGAUUAUCCAGUCUUUCUUUUUUUCUCUCUUUUUUCCCCAUUAUCCAGUCUUUUUUUCUCUUUUUCCCCAUUAUCCAGUCUUUCUUUUUACUCUCUUCUUCCCCAUUAUCCAGUCUUUCUUUUUUACUCUCUUCUUUACCGAUUAUCCAGUCUUUCUUUUUUACUCUCUUUUUUCCCCAUUAUCCAGUCUUUUUUCUCUCUUUUUCCCCAUUAUCCAGUCUUUCUUUUUACUCUCUUCUUUACCCAUUAUCCAGUCUUUCUUUUUUUCUCUCUUUUUUCCCCAUUAUCCAGUCUUUUUUCUCUUUUCUUCCCCAUUAUCCAGUCUUUCUUUUUUAUCUCUUCUUUACCCAUUAUCCAGUCUUUCUUUUUUUCUCUCUUUUUCCCCAUUAUCCAGUCUUUUCUUUUUACUCUUCUUCCCCAUUAUCCAGUCUUUCUUUUUUAUCUCUUUUUCCCCAUUAUCCAGUCUUUCUUUUUUAUCUCUUCUUUACCCAUUAUCCAGUCUUUCUUUUUUUCUCUCUUUUUCCCCAUUAUCCAGUCUUUCUUUUUACUCUCUUCUUCCCCAUUAUCCAGUCUUUCUUUUUUAUCUCUUUUUCCCCAUUAUCCAGUCUUUCUUUUUUAUCUCUUUUUCCCCAUUAUCCAGUCUUUCUUUUUACUCUCUUCUUCCCCAUUAUCCAGUCUUUCUUUUUACUCUCUUCUUCCCCAUUAUCCAGUCUUUUUUUUUUCUCUUUUUCCCCAUUAUCCAGUCUUUUCUUUUUUCUCUUUUCUUCCCCAUUAUCCAGUCUUUCUUUUUUCUUUUUCCCCAUUAUCCAGUCUUUUUUUUUUCUCUUUUUCCCAUUAUCCAGUCUUUCUUUUUUCUCUCUUUUUCCCCAUUAUCCAGUCUUUCUUUUUACUCUCUUCUUCCCCAUUAUCCAGUCUUUCUUUUUACUCUCUUCUUCCCCAUUAUCCAGUCUUUCUUUUUUCUCUCUUUUUCCCCAUUAUCCAGUCUUUUUUUUUCUCUUUUUUUUCCCCAUUAUCCAGUCUUUCUUUUUUCUCUUGUCUUAACCAUUAUCCAAUCUUUCAUUUUCUCUUUUUCCAGUCUUUCUUUUUCACUCUUCUUCAUCCUAGUCUUUUGUUUCCCCUUUUCUUCCUCUUCUUUUUCAAACUCUUUACACAAGUCUUUCAUUUUUUUCUUGCUAUCACUAUCUCCUUUCCUUUUUUUGCCUUCACCCUUUUUUUCUAUCCAUUCAGUUUUCUUUCUCUCCCUCUUCUCAACAUGA